AUGGAAGAAGAACGUGUUGUACUCGAGACUCGUGCCAUUGCACAAGAAAUAAAGUUGAUGGAGAGCAGCGAGCAUGUUACGCAAAAUGUCAACAAGGGAUUAAUCGCUAAUAUCAAGCAGUGGUAUUCUGGGCUAUGUACCAUCGACGAUUUAAAGACAGUAAAGCAACUUUUGGAUGCUGGAUCGACUGGAUAUGAUAAAGCGAUUUUGCAGGGGUUUACCCCAUCUUUUGUGGAAAUCAUGGUUCGUUAUGGCAAAUUAAAGCACCUCGAAAAGGAUCUGCCGUCACGGUCUGAUAUCGUGGAGUUUUCUAAGCGGUACUCGGAUCUGUUGGGGGUUCCAGAAACUACCGAUGAACCUGCCUCGUUGAAUGCCAUUUGGCCAUCCGGAUUGACGCUCAGUUCGCUCGUUGAUGAUAUUCGUAGAUUUUACCAAGUGUAG